AGAGAGAGAGAGAGAGAGAGAGAGAGAGAGAGAGAGAGAGAGAGAGAGAGAGAGAGAGAGAGAGAGAGAGAGAGUGUCUGUGCGCGAGUGUGUAGAGUGUGCGCGAGAGUGUGUGUGUGCGAGUGUGUGUGUCUGCUCUGCUGUUGCUGCCCUUUGAUCCCUGCAUUAGUGUUAGUUAGGGGCUCGGAGACACACACUUACACCGAGAGCAGCCAUAGUCAAGACACGGCAACAACAACAGCACCUCCUCCGCCUGUGUUCCCAUUCCCAACAAUACACUUUAAACCGAGGACAAGCCAGGUGCACGACCAAGUCCCUGCCAUCACUCGCGCCUACAAUCUCAAUGGGAAAAAACCUUUUUUCUUCUUAUCCCUAAAACAACGAGGAGAAUGUGAUAUAAAGGGGGAAAAUGCCAAGGAGGAAGCAGGAGCAACCCAAGCGCCUGCCUUCACAUGUGGACAACGUCGAGGAGGGCGGGCUGGAAGGCGGUCCCGUGGAGGAGGAGGCGAGCUGGUUCGGGAACACCUCCGACGCGCGCUCUGAGUCGUCUUACGGUGAUGCGCAGGACGAUGCGCUGCUCCCCAGGGGCUCUUCCCCCGACGAACGCCAGGGCUUGGCGGCCUCUGGCGACCACGACACCUCCGGCGGCGAGAGCUCUCUGGGCUGCCCCACGCCUGUCCACCGCGCCUCCCUGGAGAUGCUGGGGCUGGACGGCAUGUUCUCGGCCCAGGACACUCUGUCGUCGGUCGUGUCGUCGCUCUACGGCGAGGCGGCCUCCCAAGCCCUGGGGAAACCCCUCAGUAGCAACCUGCGGCGUCUGCUGGAAGCUGGCUCUCUGAAGCUGGAAGCUGGCGAGCUCCUGGGCCGGGCCGUGAGAGGAGGAGGCGGGGGCGAGUCUCCGCCCAUAGGCCUAGCUCCGCCCCUGACCCUCUCCCCCUCGUCCCACCACGCUCAACAGCUAAGUGCUCUUGCCCGGAAACUGGCCAACAACAACAACAACGCCAGCUCUGCCUCCGCCUCGCCCGCCUCCUUGGCGCCAUCAGCCGGUGUGAAGCAGGAGCCCCUGGACCCCUUUGCCUCGGUUGCCACCAGCAACGGCAGCGGCUUUGUCUGGGUGGGUGUGGCCGACAAGUGGCCUCUGGCCGGUUGUUCGGCCAGCGGCUCCAGCCUCUCUCCGGACUCGGCCAUCCAGAAGCUGAAGGCGGCGGCCAACGCCGUGCUCCAGGACAAGAACGCCUUGGCCUCCUCCUCCUCCUCCUCGUCCUCCUCCUCCUCCUCCGCCUCCUCCGCGGUGCCGACCCUUGGCAGCGGGGGCCGCGGGGGGGAAGACGCGGUGCGCUUCGAUGCCUUCACCUCCCCCUUCAGCCCUCAGUCCGCCAGCUCCACCCUCGCCGCGCUCUCCAAGAAGGUGAGCGAGCGGAGCCAGCAGGUGUCGUCAGCGGGGGGCGCUGCCUCCGACCACCAGCCCUCGGCCAGCUCCUUCCUGUCGCUCGUCUCCAUGACGUCCUCGGCUGCCCUGCUCAAAGAGGUGGCGGCUCGGGCGGCGGGGAACCUCUUGGCCGCCGACAAGAAGGAGGCGUCGUCCCCGCUGUCGGUGGCCGUGCUCCAGGAGGACGUCAAGCCCCUGCUGGACAGGAACCAGCAGAAGACGCCCACACCCACCCAGGGGCUGGACCUCCUGCUGCCCUCCACCCCCAAGGGCAGAGCCAAGCCCAGCAGCCAUGCAGGUUCUCCGGAGGAUGUCGGCAAGCCGUUCCAGUGCCCCGUCUGCGGACUGGUCAUCAAGCGCAAGAGCUACUGGAAGAGGCACAUGGUCAUCCACACAGGCUUGAAAAGCCACCAGUGUCCCCUGUGUCCCUUCCGCUGCGCUCGCAAAGACAAUCUCAAGUCCCACAUGAAGGUCCAUCAGCACCAGGACCGAGGCGAGACGUUCCAGUGUGAACUCUGCCCUUUCACCUCUUCGCGCCACUUUAGCCUGAAGCUCCACAUGCGCUGCCACCAGCACUUCCCACGCAACGAGCUGAAGGUCAAGGAGGAGGCCACCACCGACACGGAGGGCGAGGGAUCCCUCAUGGGCGACAGCUGUCCCGGGCCGGGGGACCUGAGAGGGGCGGAGACCUCACCCCUGCACUCCGACGUGGGCCUCCAGGCCUCGCCCCCGGGCGACGGCUCCUCCAACCAUGUCCACAUCAAGGAGGAGCCUCAGGAGAGGGAGCUAUCGGUGCUCUCGCCCUUUGCCCUCUGCCGGGAGCGCCCAGGCAGCAGCACCAACUCCCUGGACCUCUCCGCGGUCGGGGUCGGGGUCGGGGUGAGGUCAAGCCCCAGCGGUCCCACAGCCGCCUCGCUCUUCAGCCCGGACAUCACCACCAAGACGGCCACCGACCUGCUUAUGAAGCUCUCAGCGGCCAAUCAGAAAGAGGCCCUGAAGGCUCCGUUCCAUAUGAAGGAGGAGCCUCAGGCAGAGGAACACCCCCAGACCCACGGCCUGCCAGGUUACUCAGCCUUCUGCCAGGAUGGGGCCCUGGGGGUCGCAGGGGCCCUGGGGGCCACGGAGCGAGCCAGGCCCCUGAAGCCCAGGGAGGGAAGCCCCAUGGCCAAGAACAACCUGCUGAGCCAGGACAUCAACGUCAAGGUGGCCUCGGAGCUGCUGAUGAAGCUGUCAGAGAGCAACAAGGACGCCCACUACCAGAAGAUGGAGGUGAAGGCGGAGCCUAUGGAGGUGGACCCGCCGAGCGACCCGGCGCCCUCUCACCUGUUGGCCUUCAGCACUUUAGCGGCGUGCGAAAAGAGCGAGCCAAUGGCCAGUCUCCCGGAGGGUCUGGCCCGCCCCCAGAAAGACCUCUUCUCCCAGGACAUAUCCGUCAAAAUGGCCUCCGAGCUACUCUUCAAACUGUCAGAAAAAGUGAGCAAAGCCAACGACCAAAAAGAUGGCAACAUGGUUGGAAUGAGCAGUCCGUUUCUGGACGAGCGAUUCAGACAAUCACCCUUCAGCUCGCGCUCCAAGAGCUCCUCCCCCGCAGAGGCCAGCUCGUCUGCCAGGACCAUCCUCCACGAUGCAGAGGAAGGCUGGCGGGAGCCAGGAAACGGAGUGGCCCAGUGGAGUGAGCAGCUGUACCCCUGCCCCGUCUGUGGGAAGGUGUUUGGUAGACAACAGACCCUCUCCAGACACCUGUCUCUACACACAGAGGAGAGGAAAUAUAAGUGUCACCUGUGUCCUUACGCAGCCAAGUGCAGAGCCAACCUCAACCAACACCUCACCAUCCACUCCGUCAAGCUGCUCAACACGGACGCCGAGCAGAUUGUCACGGCCGUCACCAACGACACAGCCGAGCGCAAGAACUGCCCCUACUACUACAGCUGUCAUGUGUGUGGCUUCCAGACGGAGCUGAACGCUCAGUUCGUCAGCCACAUGUCGCUCCACGUGGACAAGGAGCAGUGGAUGUUCUCUCUCUGCUGCAGUGUCUGCGACUACGUCUGCGCCGAGGAGGCCGAGAUGAAGACCCAUGUCAGCGCCGGCCACGCAGGUCUGAAUUCACGAAGCCCCCUGAGUGAGACGAAGAGCACCUCCUCCUCUCUCUCGGCCCUCAGCGAUUCGCUCAACAGCUCAGAGGGCGGAGACGUUGCCCACGGCAACGAGGAACUCAAGAACUUGCUGGCACCGCCUCCCUCCGCAGGCAGCCAAUCCAGCUCCAGCAGCCACUCGGGAUCAGGAAACGAAGAAAAGUCUGAAAAAGGCUUCGAGUGCGUGUUCUGCAACUUUGUGUGCAAGACGCGGACCAUGUACGAGCGGCACCUGCAGAUCCACCUGAUCACGCGCAUGUUCGAGUGUGACGUGUGCCACAAGUUCAUGAAGACGCCCGAGCAGCUGCUGGAGCACAAGAAGUGUCACACCGUCCCCAGCGGAGGACUCAAGUGCCCCUUCUGCAUCUACUCCACCAAUCGGCCGGCGGCCAUGGAGUGCCACCUGAAGACGCACUACAAGAUGGAGUACAGGUGCCGCAUCUGCCAGGCGCUGCGGCCCGACCAGUCGUCGCUGGAGGCGCACGUGCGCGGCCAUCGCCUGGGCAACCACUACAAGUGCGAGCAGUGCGGCUACCUGUCCAAGACGGCCAACAAGCUGAUCGAGCACGUGCGCGUGCACACGGGCGAGCGGCCCUUCCACUGCGACCGCUGCAGCUACAGCUGCAAGCGCAAGGACAACCUCAACCUGCACAAGAAGCUGAAGCAUGCGCCGCGCCAGACCUACGGCUGCCCCGAGUGCCCCUUCGCCACCACGCACCCUUUCGUCUUCAGCCGCCACCUCAAGAAACACCAGGCGGGGGGAGGGGGGGGAGUGGGGGGAGGAGGGGCGGGGGCGGGAGGAGGAGGAGGGGGGGGCGAAGAGGACGAGGAGGAGGCGGCGGAGGAGGAGGUUGAACAGCUGCUCCUGCGUGCCCAGCUGGGGGGCAGGUCCUCCUCGCCCCAGGGGUCCUCCGCGGGGCGGGUCCAGGAGCACUUCCUCCUGGGGAGCGGGGCUGGGGGCGGGAGCAGCGGGGGUAGCGGCAGCAGCAGCCCCAUGAUGAGCCUGACCGCCUCCCAGGCCCUGCAGUCCGUCGCCCUGUCAUUCACCCUGGGGAGGUCCGCCCACCAAGAAGUCCCGCCCCCGGCCUCCCAGCACUACCCGGCCAACACCAACGGAGGCGGGGGCGGCCCCAGCGGCGGCCUCUCCCUCUUCUUCCCUUCCUCCCGCCGCGUCUUCGAGGAGUACAGGAACUGCGAGCGGGCUCACCUGAUCCCCCUCACCACCCUCUUUUCCCAACGCCGUUUCACAUUCCACCCCCCGCCCUCCUCCUCUUCUUCCUCCCAGCACUUGCCCCUCUCCAGACUGCAGAAGUCCACCGGAGCCUCGUCCUUCCUCUCCUCCUCGCCCGCCCUCUCGCCCGCCUCACUCAAACACUCCUUCCUGGCCUACCUGGGACUAACGGAGAGGCUCAAGACCAUGUGACCUCGACCGCCCUCUCUGCUCUCUCCUCCUGUUUCUCCUCCGCUCUCUUCGGCCCUCUCUUAAUGGACAGUGGUGUGAAUGAUCCUUAAUCCACUGCAAUGGGAGAAACUUUCCAAUCAGACCAGCAAAAUAAGCUGGACCAGACAGACUCUAUGGUUGUUAUUGUAGACAGUGGGGGGGGGGACAUUUAUGAGAGAAAAAGGCUGUAUGUGCUCAAAUGCAUUUAUAUCAAAAAGCUGCUUUUCUUAUCUCCUAUAUCGAUUGAAUAAUUAAUACAGUUUUUUUUCCUGUUUUUUGGAAUUUUGAAUGACCUGACCUGGACCCAACUGCAUUAUCAGAAACGUACCCCUUUUUUUUUCUUUUUUUUUUUACGUUUCAGUUUGACUCGGUUGUUUGCCGAGAUAAAAUGUGUAAAGAAACAGAACUUGCAAGUGCUACAUUUUAGUGCAUUUUUGUCUUUUAUGCUACGCAUCAGAAUAGCAUGCCUGCCUCUGUGUUUCCGCUAGCUUUGACGUCAUUUCAGGGGAGCAGAUAUGAAUUACCCAGAAGUGUUAGCGAUAUGACCCCUGGACAGAACCAAUGAAACGGAGCGCUUUUGUUUUGGGGGAAAAAGCUUGUUUCCAAAGCAACGCCUCAAACCACGCACUUAAUUAUUUAUCAAACAUGUACAUAGUUUUGUAGCCUUUCCCCCCUUCUCUCCGCUUUGACCUCUGUUGGUUUUGAAUAAUGCAGAAAUGCUGACUGAUAUCACCUUUGUCUCAGGCAACGGUUGUUGUGGUAGCCCAGCAUGGAUUUUUCAGUCAAUGUCAUACGUUUCAUUCUCUUGGCCCAAUGGCCAAUUAGAACAGCUGUCACUCCUUAACCACCAAUCAGGCCUCAACUCCGACUCCCGAGCCCUAUCUCCAAGCAUAUGUUGCCCAAACAUGUUCUAAAAUUCCACCUAACCAUCAAAACAGACAAGCUGGUUCUACAGCCAUAGUAUGUAAUCAGUCUUAUAUUCCAGGUCAAUGUGGCGGAUGCUAUUCAGCUUCCUUAACUCACACCAGAAGAAGACCAUGGGCCAGCCCAACCCUGAGAUCCAGUGGGUAUCAGUCCUGGCUAUGUAGACGCACCUAUACUUAGAUGAGAAAAUAUGAGUAAACAGUUUUGUGGAGGUGACCGGGGCUCCCUGGGCCUAACCGGCCCACAGCCUCCGGUCACAACAGACCGAUUCAAUGGUGCUUUUGGGGCUUUUUUGUAAUUUUUGUGAAACGAAAAAAAAAAAAAAAAAGAUACGACAAAUAGAAACGAAACUGUUCCAAAAUGACUUGAAUGAAUGUAUGUUUUUCCGUUGAUGUAUCUGAUGAGAGAGUUCUACAGAGGUGUAGCAGGGGCAGCGUUCUGUGCCGAUAAAGAGAACGAGAGGCGUGUCGGUGGCCUUCUGUGUUUAGCGUUGUUUUUUUGUUUCUUGUAUGUUUUCUUUUUUUACUGAGCCUUUUGAUCGUAGGUGGAGAAUUUUCUACUAACAUCCAUUAUGAACCCAUUGUAAAUUAAGGAUAAAAGGCUCCUGUUGGUGCAAUUAAGAAGCGGCCAUUGCUCUUGUUAAGGAUUGUUCUGUGCCGUAGUUUCUGUAAAGCGGGCAGACAUGGUACUCCGUUCCCCCCCCAACCCCCCUUCUUUCUGUAUCGUUGGACUUUUAAUUGCACUUAUAUUAGACACAUUUCAAACCAAAAGCACUUAAGACCUAUCCUUCACUGACAGCGCAAACUAAACCCAUGAGAUGAAAUCAGCUGUAUCGUUCUCUUUUUGAGAUGGUUUGGAAUGUAGCUGAAUCAAACCCCUUGACCUUUUUAGUUUGUAGACAUUUAUGGUUUUACAGAGGUCUUCCUCCGCAAAAUUGGAGAACACAGAUGAAAUACAAAUUGCAUGAAUUAGAAUGCAGAGGUCAAGAUCUCCCCCCUGGGUACCACAGGGCCCAGGCUAAAUUGUGAAAAGCCAAUUUUGCACAUUGUGGCACUUUUGAAUAUGAGAAAUAUGUAUUUAUCCAUACAAAUGGAAAAAUUGAGAAGGAGAGUACCCAUGACACCACGACAGUGUACAUUAGUACAGGCAAGGCUUUAUUUUAAUUUUAUUUCCAUGUUACCCAUAAUUGACUAAGUGGUCUUUAAGCCAAAAUGGUUUAUUAUUUGUAAAGGGAUUAUUAUUAUUAUUAUUAUUCAUUUUUUGUUUGUUUGUUGUACGUAUUAUUUUCUAAUAAUUUGUUAUUGUGUUUAUUUCUUUGUUUUUAUACAAAAUUAAUACAAUAAAUGGCAGUUGAACAGAGAACACGCAUUGUCAAGACCAAAAUAAAGCUUAGAACAGGAUGUGAUGUUAGGAUUCAAUCCGUCACUUCCUGUAGGGUAAUGGUUUUAAAGUACCCCCUCCUGCCCCUGUAAUGAUUUUCCUCAGUUCAUUUUGCUGUGUCAAUGUUGUCAGGCAUGCUGUGCCAGUUGCUGCAUCAUAGGAGUUAAUGGAGCCCUUGUCACCCAACCCCCCCCCCAACCCCAGUCAGACAGCACCCUCUACUAUCUGCAUAAUCUUUUAUACUAUAGUGCCACUUGGUGGAAGGGGACCGACUUUUGAGAAUGAGUCUGACUGGUUUUCAGUGUCCAAGCCUCAAGGAAACGGAGAGAAGUAGAAGAAAUCUAAGAACAGUGAAGACACUGCUCAGUCUGUCCUGCCUUUUAAUACUACAUAUGACACCAUCUGGAAUGGCUGCCGUUUCCCUAGGCUCCCCUAUCUCCUAGUUAGAUGGCAAAAGGCAACAGGGCUCUGAUCUUAGUUCGGAAAACCAGUAUUUCUAAGCACUUAUUUCUACGUUUUAUUAUUAUUUUUGCAUAAUUGUAAGCAGCACACAGUGACUUUUAAUGUUAACCGCGUGACUACCUUUUCAGCACUUCGGAGUAUGCAUGACAUUUGCUCUUCUCUUUCUCUAGUUCUCUGUGCUUCUCUAAUCUCAAAACUAACUUUUUUUGGGUUGCAUUUAGUUGUUAGGAUCGAACUGCACGAUCUACAAUCUGUUAGCUUUAAGUUUGGUUGUAUUUUUAUGACUCGACAAGGCUCAACUGUCUUUCAUUUCGUUUUUCGUUAAUCUUUUGGCACUCAGUAAAAAUGGUAUGUGCUGUAUAAAGCUUUUUAUUACUCCAUUGUUAAGGCUGUACAGGGUUGUUUGUGACGAUAACUGGUAAAUAGACCAUUUGUACCUUUUUUGUUUUUUUUGUAUAUUUUUUUUCUUUGUUUGGCAUUAUUUUAUGUUCAAAUUGCCAGUUCUAAAUGUAACAGGAUUUGAAAGUAAAGCUUACAUCAGAUAUUA